GGCCUUUCCGUUGUUAUUCAGUGUGGAAAAAGUAAGAAAGAGGAGUUUUUCUUCUUCUUUUCUACCUGCUUGCUUGCUGACCCUUCUCAAGGUAUGGUUUUGAUCAGAUGGCAGUUGAAAAGGUGGACAAAGAAGUCCAUGUUGAAGAAAAUGGGACUAAAGAAGAAAAUGGGACUUCAGAACCUUCAAUAAGCAAUGAGAAUGAUGAGUCUUCUGACCUUUCUUCUAUGAUACAAAAGGAUGAAGAUGACGGGAAAGAAGUUUCAAAGAAGAAAAAGAAGAAAAAUAAAAGCAAGAAAAAGAAGGAAUUGCCACAGCAGACUGAUCCACCCUCUAUUCCUGUUAUUGAGCUUUUUCCAUCUGGGGAGUUUCCUGAGGGUGAAAUUCAACAAUACAAAGAUGAUAAUUUAUGGAGGACUACAUCCGAGGAGAAGCGAGAGUUGGAGCGUCUUGAAAAGCCCAUAUAUGAUUCAGUUCGCCAAGCAGCAGAAGUUCAUCGACAGGUUCGGAAGUACAUCAAAGGCAUAUUGAAGCCUGGAAUGUUAAUGACCGACUUAUGUGAGACCUUGGAGAAUACAGUUCGUAAGCUAAUAUCAGAGAAUGGUCUUCAAGCAGGCAUUGCAUUUCCUACUGGAUGUUCUUUGAACUGGGUUGCUGCUCAUUGGACCCCUAAUACAGGGGAUAAGACUGUGCUUCAGUAUGAUGAUGUGAUGAAGUUAGAUUUUGGAACCCAUAUUGAUGGGUAUAUUGUGGACUCUGCAUUUACAGUAGCAUUCAAUCCUAUGUUUGACUCACUACUUGAAGCUUCACGAGAGGCAACGAACACUGGUGUCAAGGAAUCUGGGAUUGAUGUGCGCCUUUGUGAUGUUGGUGCUGCCAUCCAAGAGGUCAUGGAAUCAUAUGAGGUAGAAAUUAAUGGGAAGGUGUUUCCAGUUAAAAGCAUUCGCAACUUGAAUGGACACAGCAUUUGUCGUUAUCAUGUCCAUGCCGAAAAAUCAGUUCCAAUAGUUAAAGGAGGGGAGCAGACAAAAAUGGAAGAGGGUGAAUUCUUUGCAAUUGAAACAUUUGCAUCAACAGGAAAAGGCUAUGUCAGGGAAGAUCUAGAGUGCAGCCAUUACAUGAAAAAUUUUGAUGUUGGCCAUAUCCCACUGAGGUUACCAAGAGCAAAGCAACUGUUAGCAACAAUCAACAAGAACUUCUCCACAUUGGCUUUCUGUAGACGAUAUUUAGACCGCCUGGGGGAAACUAAAUAUUUGAUGGCAUUAAAGAAUUUAUGUGAUGCUGGAAUUGUUCAGCCAUGUCCUCCUCUAUGCGAUAUUAAGGGCAGUUGGGUAUCCCAGUUUGAGCAUACUAUCUUGCUACGGCCAACUUGCAAGGAAGUUAUAUCAAGAGGAGAUGAUUAUUAGUCUGGGUCCUGUUUGUUGUCACACCACCAAAAUGUAAAAUAUUUGAAUCUAAAGUUUAUGGUUGAUGUCUGUUCUGUAACUGUUGUUCUUAUUAUUAUUUUUAAAAUAAGAGAUUGGGAUCUCAGCAGAAGAAAAAGAAAUGGAAACAAUAUUUUGCGACACUUGUAUACUGCAGGGAUGACUUUUGUCAUAGUUGCCUUGUAAAUAAUGAAAAAUGGGGAGGGAGGGCACCUGAAGAUGAGAACGAUCAAUCAUGAAGAGGGUUCAAUCGGAAAAUUCGAGAAUCGGGUUUAUGGUUGGUUUGUGGUUUGAGUUACCCUUAAAAUUGGAAAUUAAUGAAUCAUGAAGUUGUGUGCUUUGAAUAGUAAAAUUCUUACUUGGUUUAUAUGUAAUACAUUUAUUUGCACAAUUUAGACAAUUGAGGGUGGCGUAGUGUUUCAUUAUUCUUUUA